CAUUGUAAGAAAAUAUAUGCUGCUAAGCAAGGCUGUGUUUGACAGCUGUGUUAAUACUGAGGGGUGACAGGGAAGGCAGUAAGAGGGGCAUACUGAGAUGUCUUACAGCUGGUACCAUGGGAACAUCACUCGUUCCAAAGCGGAAGAUCUCCUGUCUAUGGUUGGCAAAGAUGGGAGUUAUCUUGUCCGGGACAGCGAAUCUGUGUGUGGGGCAUAUGCUCUAUGCGUGCUGUACCAAAGUUGUGUCUAUACCUAUAGAAUCCUAACAAAUGCAGAACAACAGCUAUCAGUUCAGGCCUCUGAAGGUGUUCCUAUGCGGUUCUUCCCCUGUCUUGUGGAACUGAUAGACUUCUAUAGGAAAGAAAAUUUAGGUUUAAUCACACACCUGCAGUUCCCGGCACAACAGGAAGAAGAAGGGCCUGAAGAACCCGAUGAAGAUCAGGAACCAGCACCUCCAAAUGUACCACCAAGGAAUUUUUCCUCAUUGGUAUCACUUGAUUAUAAGGACUACCAAACAGCUGCUGAGAAGCCUACGCUUGUGAAUUCCACACUAUUAUUAUCUGAGACGUUGCUACAGAGACUACAGGACAUUGACACCCGCAGCGUUAACGAGGAACAUUUGCAGGCCAUACAUGAAUAUUUGCGGAUUCAUAUCAGCAGCGAUUGCGAGAUGUUGCGUAAUGGAUCCCAAAGUCUCCCGCACCUCAAGAAGCUUCUGAUGACUCUCUGCACUGGGCUGUAUAGUGAGCUGACUCGCACAUUACCAACCCUAGAAUCACUGCAGAACACGUUUGAACCACAGUUGUCUCCAGGACUCCGUCAGCGCACACAUUUAAGUGGUGACCCCAGCACAAGUAAUAUGGUCAACAAAUUAACUCAACUCACUUCCCUUGUCUCCAGCUUGGAAGAGAAGGUAAAAAACGUUUUUAUGGAAGCAGCUGAAGUGAAACAUCGACGCUCUUUAAUUCCACCAAUUGUAUUUGAGGUUAAAGCAGACUCUCUAGGAAUCUCUCAGAAAACUCAUCUCAAGGUUGAUGUGGAAACUGGAAAACUUGUCAUCAAAAAGUCAAAAGAUGGCCCAGAAGAUAAAUUCUAUCACAGCAAAAAAAUUCUGCAGCUUAUCAAGUCCCAGAAGUUCCCAAAUAAACUUGUCAUUGUUCUAGAAACAGAGAAGGAAAAGACACAGCGCAAGGAGUAUGUUUUUUCUGAUUCCAAGAAAAGGGAAGGUUUCUGCCAACUUCUCCAACAAAUGAAGAACAAACACUCGGAUCAGCCAGAACCUGAUAUGUUGACUAUUUUUACUGGCACGUGGAAUAUGGGGGAUGCUCUCCCACCUAAGAAGAUCACUUCUUGGUUCCUGUGCAAAGGCCAAGGAAAGACACGUGAUGAAACCACAGAUUACAUAGAACAUGACAUCUAUGUGAUUGGUACACAGGAGGAUCCACUAAGUGAGAAGGAAUGGGUGGACAUUUUACUUCGUUCUCUGAACGAGAUAACUACUGCUGACUACAAAUUGAUUACAAUCCAAACACUUUGGAACAUCCGUAUUGUUAUUCUGGCAAAGCAAGAACAUGCUCAUCGUAUCAGCCAUGUUUGUACCAAUAGCGUGAAGACUGGAAUUGCCAAUACACUAGGUAAUAAAGGGGCAGUAGGUGCUUCAUUUAUGUUUAAUGGAACUUCGUUUGGAUUUGUUAACAGUCAUCUCACCUCUGGAAGUGAAAAAAAGCUAAGGAGGAAACAGAAUUAUUUCAACAUUCUGCGUUUCUUGAUUAUGGGAGAUAAGAAACUUAGUCCAUUCAAUCUCACUCAUCGUUUUACUCACCUGUUUUGGCUUGGGGACCUUAACUACCGUAUACAACUACCUAACAAUGAAGCAGAAAAUAUUGUGCAAAGGAUAAAACAGCAGCAGUAUCAAGAACUGUUAAGUUAUGACCAGCUGAGCAUGGAACGUAAAGAGAGCAAGAUCUUCCUCAACUUCAAUGAAGAAGAAAUUACGUUUCCCCCAACAUAUCGUUAUGAGAGGGGAAGUCGAGAAAAAUAUUGCUACACCAAGCAGAAGGCAACAGGGAUAAAGUACAAUUUACCUUCAUGGUGUGACAGGGUCCUCUGGAAAUCAUACCCUCAGAUGCAUGUUUUAUGUCAGUCCUAUGGAUGUACAGAAGAUAUAACCACCAGUGACCACUCUCCAGUAUUUGCUACAUUUCAAGUUGGAGUAACUUCUCAGUUUGUCUCCAAAAACAAUCUAAGUGAUGGAGAUUCCCAGGGAGACAUUGAGUUGCUGAACUGCAAGGCCACUCUGCGAACUAAAAGCCAUACAAAGUUUUACAUUGAGUUUCAUUCCUCCUGCUUAGAAAAUAUGGUAAAAAGUUCAGAGGCUGAGGACCAAGAGGGAGAAAAUGGAACCCUUGAGGUGAAAUUUGGAGCCCUUCCAAAGCUAACACCAAUCAUCUCUGACUUUGAAUUUCUCCUGGACCAGCAUCUUCUGAUUUGCAUCAAAUCAUCAGACACAGAUGAGUCCUAUGGUGAGGGCUGCAUAGCACUCAGAAAUGAAGAUUCUAAACAGCAAUUUCCAUUUUUUACUCCAUUGACCCACCAUGGAGAAGAAACAGGGUACUUCCAGGGUGAGAUCUUCCUUCCAGCUACGGGAGGAAAACAACGGGAGAAGCUAUACGAUUUUGUUAAGAUUGAAAAAGAUGAAACAGUGGCACAGAAGCAACUAAAACCCCCAGGUUGUCAGCAGUGGGACCAACAAUCCAGAAAUAUUAAAGGGUCAGAUAAGGCUGCCCUGCUGUCUCGAUUACGAGGGGUCCCUGUAUGUCCUUCAGAAGUGCACAGCAGCACAGAACUCAGUGGAUCAGUUUCAUCCUUCCCUAGCCAGGUGAAACAGAGUCCCCCUAACACACCACCUGGAUUUAGAGGAAAUGAGCAAAGGCCCAAGCCAAGUUCACCCGUACAGGGACGUGGGGACAUUCCAAUAACACCUCCAGGCCGUCCUUCUGUAGUAUCACAGAAAUUUAUGCCUCCUAACCCAGCACGAUGUACUCCCAGUGUCCGUCAACAGGAUUCACUUCGUACUACAAAUGUGUCUGAUACCCCUGAAAUGGUAGACAAUCCUUUGUAUGGCCCAGUUAGCAGUACUGGUGGUUACCUACCACCAAACCAGAUUCGUGUUGGAAAGUCUCCUGAACCAGCAGCACGGAUUACACCUGUUAUUCGUCCACGUUCCAUGACCUGCUCUACUGCAGACAAAAAGCCUAUUCCUGCAGAAAAAGUUCCAGCCAAAAACAGCAUUUCUGUAAUGCCACCUCAAAGUUCUUGUCGCCCAGAAACCGGUCCAUCUAUAUCAAAGCCCCGCCCUCCCCUUCCAAUAAAGAGUCAAGCAGUUCGAGAUAAUCAGCAUUCUUAGGCUCAGACAACUGAUGGGCCAGAACAGUAAAUACAGACUAUUGUAUAUUAUAAUUUCCUUUUUUUCCUGAAAUACACUCCUUUAUUUACAGACUUAAAGAUAAUUUCAACUGUAUUAGCUUUUUCUCUCUUCCAGACAGAAAAUAAGUUAGAUUUAUAUUCAAACAGAUACAGCUAUUAUGUAUGAAAACUGUAAAUAAUCAAAGAGAUUACAUGUGGGAAGAAAAAGAUUCAUUCGUAAUUUUACUUUUAUAUGCUUGCUAUAAAAGGCUGGUAAAGGACUUUGAGAUUCAGUAUAAUAUGGUCCAAUGAACUUGGCAGCUAAAAAAAUCAGAAAAGCAUGAGGUUCAUCAUUUUGUAAACUUUAUUAUAAAAGAGCAGGCCAAACGAUACAUAUAUUGAGCUUGUGAAAAGUGUUUGGUUUUAAUUUAAAAUUGUUUACAGUGGAUUGUAAAAGUUUAAGAAAAGAAAUAUCAAUAUCAAAAAUGGAGACUAAUCCGAGAAGGCGUGUUUGGUAUUAUUGUAAGCAACUUUUGCUAGCAGAGGUACACAUUGUCUUAAAAGCAAGUUGUAUAACAUUAAAGGUACUUUUUUAUUAGUA